UAUCGGGAAAGGGAGCGGAGUCUGAGGGUCACGGGAGUCAAUGAUAAGUCCGGUAUCGUAGGAAGUCAGCAGUUUGUCGGGCUGGAGUCGUCUCAGUGCUGGUGGAAUCAUUGGAGUGCAGCCAGCUGGUCCGAGUGAAGUGGGAAACAUGGCGAUACGUGUGCAAACAAAAAUUCUUAAUAUCGCGAGAAACUACCGAUCGGAGACAGCUCGAAGACUUUCGGUUUCGGCAGUUCUGAAAAAUGGAAAAGCGAUAUUUAAUUGGCAAGAUCCCUUCGACAUCGAGUCCCAGUACACUCAAGAUGAGAUAAUAAUACGUGAUCAGUUCCGCUCUUACUGCCAGGAGAAGCUCCAGCCGAGGAUUUUAAAUGCAUUCAGGAAUGAGCAUUUUCAUAAGGAAAUUAUUAAGGAACUGGGCUCCCUCGGGGUUCUCUGUCCGACUCUGAAGGGCUAUGGGGCCGCGGGAGUUUCCUCAGUAGCUUAUGGGCUCAUUACCAAAGAGAUUGAAUCUGUGGACAGUGGAUACAGGUCUUCAUUCUCAGUACAAAAUCUAGCCGCUGUUGCCAUCGACUCCUGGGGAAGCCAAGAGCAAAAAGACAAAUAUUUACCAAAACUCGUCGCUGGAGACGUUAUCGGAUGCUUCGGUCUGACCGAACCCAACCAUGGAAGCGAUCCUGCUGGAAUGGAGACUAAAGCCGUCUACGAUGCUAGUAGAAAAGUCUACAAACUCAGUGGUAACAAGACAUGGAUCACAAACUCCCCUAUCGCAGAUCUACUCGUCAUUUGGGCAAGAACUGAGGAUGGACAAAUUCGAGGAUUCAUAGCCGAGAGAAAAGACAAUGAAUCUAAAUUAAGUACUCCUAAAAUUGAGGGGAAAGUGUCUUUACGGGCUUCUCCAACUGGAAUGAUCCUAAUGGACGAAGUCAUUAUUCCUGAAACUAACUUACUUCCUAACGCUUCUGGUCUUAAGGGCCCAUUUACCUGUCUAAACCAUGCACGUUACGGAAUAGCAUGGGGUGCACUAGGUGCAGCGGAGCAAUGUCUGAAACUCGCAAACACCUACGUGUUAGAGCGUAAGCAGUUCAACAGACCAUUGGCAGCUAAUCAAUUGAUACAGAAGAAAUUAGCUGACAUGAUGAUGGAAAUAGCCAUCGGUCUGCAGGGAUGCCUGCGCGUUGGCCGGCUCAAGGACGAGGGCAAGGCUACGCCAGAGAUGAUAUCAAUGAUAAAAAGAAACUCUGCUGCUAAAGCCAUCAACAUUGCCAGAGUUGCUAGGGAUAUGCUCGGGGGAAAUGGAAUUUCUGAUGACUAUCAUAUUAUCAGACAUAUGGUUAAUUUGGAAGCAGUUAUUACUUAUGAAGGUACCGAUGAUAUCCACAGUCUUAUUCUCGGCCGAGCUAUUACUGGCAUACCAGCAUUCGCCGGUUGAUGUUAAUGUUUCAUCAAUUUUCCAUCGGCUUCCACAGGCGUAUUUCUAUUCAUACUAAAUUUAUGUGGCUGAUUCGCAAGAAAAAAAAAUUUACUGCUCCUGGAUAAUCACAAAAUCAUGUCCAACGUAUUUUUUAAUCAUAAAUAAAUUAAGUUUAAUUCCUAAGUAAUAAAGCAUUAAUUACAUUCUCAA